CUCCCUACUUCACAUUCCCACAAUCCAACAACACAUUAUUAUUCAGUGCCACUCUCAUCUAAUUAAACUCCAUAUAUAUCUUACAAUCACUCAAACGAGUUCUUUCUUCAUCUUCAUCACUUCCCCAUUUUCUCAAUUAUUCAAGAAUAUAUAAUAAUCUCUCAAAGCCAACAUGAAGCUAUCUUUUGUAACUCUGCUACUUGUGUGCCUUGUGCUCACCUCUUCUUUCUUUGAAGCCUCAAUGGCUAGUCCAGUUUUGUGUGGGGCAAAGUGUGGAAGGAGGUGCUCAAAGGCAGGGAUGAAGGACCGGUGUUUGAGAUUCUGUGGGAUAUGUUGCAGCAAAUGCAAGUGUGUACCUUCAGGAACCUAUGGCAAUAAACAUGAGUGCCCUUGCUAUAGGGACAUGAGGAACUCUAAGGGCAAACCUAAGUGCCCUUAAUUCAAUUCAUUCUUUCUUAUUAUACCAUCUUUCGUUUCUAGUUUUUUAUUCUUAAAUUAUAGAUCCAUAUUAAUUUCAAGAAUUUAAACUAGAAACUUAAUAUGUUAUAAUUAAUAAGCCAUAUGCAUGUUAUUAUUCCAUUAAGGACCCUUAUUAUUAGCAUAUUAAAUUUAUUUUUCCUUUAUUUUGUUUAUGAAUUUAUGAUGUGUAUUAUUAUUAUUAUCAGUGAUGUUUAAUUUUUGGGUAUAUUUGUGUAUUUUGUAUAGAUGUGGUAUGUAUGAUGAGAAUGGGAAUAAAUGUGGGUCCUAUAUAUUUUGGUGGUGUGUAUGCAUGUGAAUUAUUAUUAAUUAUUAUUUUGUCUUA